CACCGCAAUCCCGGCUCCUAAAUCAGCACGGGGAGGCGCCCCUUCCCCCAUCCGGCUCCCCGGACUCCCCGGGCAGCGAUUGGCCGCGCGGGCGCCCCCCAACCCUGGGCCCCCGGCUCCAGCCGCCACGCCAUUGGCUGCGGGCCUCCGCCAGCCUUUACAUAAGCCCGGGCGCGCUCGAGUGGAGUUGUAUAAAGCGAGAGCGCGGAGUCGGGGCGGGAGGCUCGAGACCAGCCCGGGACCGGGACCGGGAGCUGCAGGCGGCGGCAGAGGCGGCAGUGAGCGCCCGCGCUCCAACGCCCCCAGGCGGCGGGGCUGAGAGAGCACGAGGAUGGCUCCCAGCUCUAACCCGGGCAUGUUCAGAAUGUUACUGUUUCUGCUGCUGCUGUGGUUUCUGCCUUCCGCUGAGGGGUCCCAGCAGGCUGAACCUAUGUUCAUUGCAGUCACCAACUCGGUUCUGCCCCCCGACUAUGACAGCAACCCAACUCAGCUCAACUAUGGUGUGGCAGUUACUGAUGUAGACCACGAUGGGGACUUCGAGAUCGUUGUGGCAGGGUACAAUGGCCCCAACCUGGUUCUGAAGUACAACAGGGCCCAGAAGCGGCUGGUGAACAUCGCUGUAGAUGAGCGCAGCUCACCCUACUAUGCACUACGGGACCGGCAAGGCAACGCCAUUGGGGUCACAGCCUGCGACAUUGAUGGGGAUGGCCGUGAGGAGAUCUAUUUCCUCAACACCAACAACGCCUUCUCAGGGGUGGCCACAUACACAGACAAGUUGUUCAAGUUCCGUAAUAACCGAUGGGAAGACAUCCUGAGUGACGAGGUCAAUGUGGCCCGUGGUGUAGCCAGCCUCUUUGCUGGACGCUCUGUGGCCUGUGUGGACAGAACGGGCUCUGGACGCUACUCGAUCUACAUUGCCAAUUACGCCUAUGGUAAUGUGGGGCCUGAUGCCCUCAUCGAGAUGGACCCUGAGGCCAGUGACCUCUCUCAGGGCAUCCUGGCACUCAGAGAUGUGGCUGCUGCGGCUGGGGUCAGCAAAUACACAGGGGGCCGAGGUGUCAGCGUGGGCCCUAUCCUCAGCAGUAGUGCCUCGGACAUCUUCUGUGACAAUGAGAAUGGGCCCAACUUCCUCUUCCACAACCAGGGCAAUGGCACCUUUGUGGAUGCUGCAGCCGGUGCUGGUGUGGAUGACCCCCACCAGCAUGGACGAGGCGUUGCCCUGGCUGACUUCAACCGUGACGGCAAAGUGGACAUCGUCUAUGGCAACUGGAAUGGCCCCCACCGCCUCUACCUGCAGAUGAAUGCCCAGGGGAAGGUCCGAUUCCGGGACAUUGCCUCACCCAAGUUCUCCAUGCCCUCCCCUGUUCGCACUGUCAUUGCUGCUGACUUUGACAAUGACCAGGAGCUGGAGAUCUUCUUCAACAACAUCGCCUACCGCAGCUCCUCAGCCAACCGCCUUUUCCGGGUCAUCCGCAGGGAGCAUGGAGACCCCCUCAUCGAGGAGCUCAAUCCUGGUGAUGCACUGGAGCCUGAGGGCCGGGGCACAGGGGGCGUGGUAACUGACUUUGAUGGAGACGGGAUGCUGGACCUCAUCUUGUCUCAUGGAGAGUCCAUGGCUCAGCCGCUGUCUGUCUUCCGGGGGAAUCAGGGCUUCAGCAACAACUGGCUGCGAGUGGUACCACGUACCCGGUUUGGAGCCUUUGCCAGGGGGGCCAAGGUCGUGCUGUACACCAAGAAGAGUGGGGCCCACCUGAGAAUCAUUGACGGGGGCUCGGGCUACCUUUGUGAGAUGGAGCCUGUGGCACACUUUGGCCUGGGAAGAGACGAAGCCUGCAGUGUGGAGGUGACGUGGCCAGAUGGCAAGAUGGUGAGCCGGAGCCUGGCCAGCGGGGAGAUGAACUCGGUCCUGGAGAUCUCCUACCCCCAGGAUGAGAACAAACUUCAGAACCCAGCCCCACUGGAGUGCGGCCAAGGAUUCUCCCAGCAAGAAAGUGGCCACUGCGUGGACACCAAUGAGUGCAUCCAGUUCCCAUUCGUGUGUCCUCGAGACAAGCCUGUGUGUGUCAACACCUAUGGAAGCUACAGGUGCCGGACCAACAAGAGGUGCAGUCGGGGCUACGAGCCCAACGAGGAUGGCACAGCCUGUGUGGAGCCACCUUAGACUCAUUUUGGGUCUCCAAGGAAGACCAUGACAGAGGCUUGGAGAAGUCCCAUCACUGCUACCACCACCUGAAUGGCCUCAGGUGCUGUGUCCUGGCCUGAGGCUAUUGUUCUUCUCACAUCUCCUAAAACUCGUGUUCCUACCUUGAGGUCAGCCCAUAUUUUCAUAGCUGAGAUAUGAACUAAGAGUUAUCUUUUGGCUGAAUUUCUGAACUGGUGUUUGUCUUCUUCCUCCCAAACUCUUUCCUUCCCAUCCUACCCCUACCCCACCUUCUCUCUUCCCCAUUCUCUAUCUCCCUGCCUUACCUUUUUGCAGCUCAAGUGGCCUUUUUAGGUGGGUAUUCUUCAUCUGCCUUUAGAAUCUCUGAGCCUCUCACUUGGGCCUCAUAUCUUUCUCUAGGCCUUGGACUUUGCCUUCAGUUAUAUGCACUUUAAAUCCCAUCAAUAAAGGAAAAAACAAAACAAACUAACAACCUUUGUGGAAAAAUAAAUCUCUCCAGCUGCCUGUCUUUCUCUACACCCAGUAGACUCUGCCCCGUGUUCCCUCUAAAUGGACAGCAGGGGGUGGCCGUCUUUGAAAAGGGAAGUUUGGGAGAUACUGAUACAACCAUAGUUGUUUGGGAAGCCUUUAUUUGCACGUUUUCUGAGAAAACAAAAAAAGGAAGUCUCCCUUGUCCCAUCUAACCUCCCUCACUCCUUCAGAAGAAUCAAGAUAGUCCUGUCUCUUCUGUUUCUUCCAGUAUCUUGGGAGUUUAUUUUGCCCUUAACAAACAUGGCUCCCAGGUGGCUGCUUGCUUGGUUGAUUCGAUAAUGUAUCAUGUGCCUGCUGCUUUGGCCUGUGCUGUUGCUGCUUUGUGUGCCCUGAAUUCCUGUGGUAGCAAAAGCCCUAUUGGGGUUGAUGGUGAUGAUGGGAGGGCAAAGGGUGGCCCUUUGGGACUUUUGAUAAAAAUGUUAAAGUUUGAACUUGCUAAGUCUUCCAGCCUCUUUUCUGGAGAAAUAUGCCAAUAAACUCUCUACUAGAUAUUAGCACCUAGCUGGUAGGGCAAAAAAAUGUGUCUGAGCAAGUAGAUACUAGUUGGAAUGCUGAAUUAGGAACAGACCUCCCACCAGGAGAUGCACGGAAGGCAAGUCAUGAUACAAGGAAAGCAACACUCUCAGACAUGGACAGUGAUUUGGGUGUAUGCAACAAUCUUCACAUUUGGGGAGCCAGGGUUUGGACCAGGAAAGUGUGUGGAAUGAGCAAGGGACAGACUUAGGAGGAGUAUUCUGGGCCUUUUAUUUGGGAGAAGUCACAUCUCCACCACAGGCCUCACUUUUCCCUAAUCUAAACGGUGAGAGAAUUGGGCUAAUAUUCCUCUAAGGGUGUUUUGUUUUGUUUUUGCUUUGCUUUGCUUUGUUUUUUGAGACAGUCUCACUGUGUAGUCCAAAUUGGCCUUGAACUUAUUAUAGUAAGGCCAAGCUAGCUUUGAACUCACAGCGACCCUCCUGCCUCAGCCUCCCAAGUGCUGGGAUUAUAGGUGCACAUCACCAUGCCCCACUAGGACUCUUUCCUUUCUAAGACUCUGCAGUAUGUGGCUGGACAUAGACAUGAGUAGUCUCCAGCUACCCUGAUUUAUAGAAAGAUCCUUGCAACUCAGACUUCACAGUAUCCUUGGAAACCUGGAAGUUCCUGAAGCCUGAGCAGCCUUUGAGCAUAAUAUAACACCACAGAAUAUGCUCAUAACCAGCCGCAGGUAAUGAAGACAUGUUAUAAAUCACAGAACUGUUCUUCAUGGGGAAAAAAGUUGCUCCAAGAUAUAAUAAAAUCACACUUAAGAAUGCAGCAAUCCUUUUAAAAACAUAUUUAACAAAAAACUACCCUUUUCUGAUGUCAUAAUAACACUCCCAAUAAAUCACAAAUAUGAAUUCCUUAUAGCUAGUGCUGUUUUUACACUUAGAACAGGAGCUUAAAUGAAAAGUUUUUAAAUGAAAACAGCUACAAUUUCUCUGAGAAGCAUAUAGCAACUAAAAAUCGCUCUACUUCUAGAAAGCCCAUUCCUGUGUAUUGACACAAAUUAAAGAUCUGGAAAGGCCUGAGAGAUGAGGCUCAGAGAGAUGAAGUGAUCAAGGUCACUCUGCCCCAGCUCACAGAGCCAGCUGGUCCCCAAACCAGGUUGGGAGCCUUUCCUACUGUGCCUCUUGUCAGAGGGGCCGUAGGCUCACACUAUUCUCCAGCCGUUCUGGAAGCUGCUGCCUUUUUAGAAAUGAACAAGUAGAUCUCCGAUAGUGAGAUAAGCAAAAACCCAAAGCACACGUAAGAAUGGUUGCAAAUGCGGGGGUAAAUGACAAGAUAACAGAGCCCAUUAGCUGGCCACACACAACAGCAGGAGAAAUAAGGGACAGAACAACUAGUGAGAAGCCAGUCAAGAACAUCAGGAUCUUCGGGAUGACACUAGAUCUCAGAAGAGGCCUUGAACUCCCGCACAUUGAAUUUCAUUGGUUGGAGGGGUAAGGUGCACAACAAAGAGGCAUUCAAGGUCCCAGCCAUUUGGAACCCAACUAUAGCAUCCACACUCCAGUGUAGGAAGGCUUUCCAUUUGAUCCAUUUGUUCAUUCAACAAAUAUUGGCCGGACAUCUGCUGUGUGCCAGGGACUGAGCUGGGGUCAGAGCAUCCAGUGUUAAGCAAAGGAAACAUGGUUGCCGUCCCCUCGCUGCCUACCUUUGCCCCGAUGGAAGAGCUGAGUGCAGGGAUUGGAAAAGAACACCAAGAGACUCUGAAAAGUCUAGCUAAAUUCUUGGGUUCCUGCACCAGGAAGCAAGUUCUCUCAAUCCAUUCAUUCAUCCAUAUAUUCACUCAGCAAGCAUUUAUUGGGACCCUCCUUGUGUGACAACUCUCAGUCCCUCCCAUGAGGAAGGUGACAAGCUCCCUCCAAUGAAAAGGUCAAGUAUGUACUCCAGAGAUGCUUGGGUGAGAAAAAUGUAAAGCUAAAAAAUACAGAGGACAGGGAGGUACUGAAUUAACCUUUUCUGCCCCCCCAAAAUAGGGCCCAUUCAGUGAGCUAGGAAACCAGGCUGCCAGACCCAGGGGCCUCAAGUGCAGUACAUUUACCGGCGCAUACUUUACCAGCCACACAGAUGUGUGGGUGCAAAGCCACACCCUGGCUACCCAGGCCCAGAAUUUUCAGGCCCCUCUUUCCUCUGAUUCUUCUUUCUCUGAGACCCAUAGAGUCCAAACCCUUGCUGUACCCUUCAAAGCACAGAGAAGUCCCAUAGCCCCACUUGGACUCCUGACAUCUUUGUUGGAUUAUACUGGACUUGAAGAUGUAACAAAAAUAGCACAGGCCUUCAGGGGCAGGUGAGGAAUGAAACGGCCUGGGGAGGGAUGAUGCAAAUGGAGGGGCCACAGCCCAUUCCACCUGAGCGGUGACAUCAGCCUGUGUUGCUAGACUUCCCAUUUUUCAAGUAAAGCCAAAAACUAAGAGUAACAACAGCACCAUUUUCAUUCUGUCCAAGAAUAGAGCCUCUCCCCAGUAAUAUACCCCUGGAAAUAACAAUAAUAGCUUACACUUAGUGAGUGCGGCAUGUCUGGGUCAGAUCUAAACUCUACAAGAAUCCUUAAUCCUCACAACAAUCUCAAGAGGAAAGCACUACCAUUUUCCCAGUUUUGCAGAUGAGCUAAGUACUGUCAGGGUCACAACAGCUGGGACAAAGGCAGGAUUGGGUUCUACUCAUGUCCUCUUCAUUUGGGUGGCUGACUGGUUUACACAAAAGCUACAAUCUUUCAUGCUGCCCUGAGUCAUGGUCUGGGCCAGAAAUGGAGAAACAGGCAAGGGAAACCGGCCCGUCCUCCCCAAGGUUAUGUCCAAUCCUGCAAGAAGAGUUGACCUUACUGGUGAGGAGAGCAUCCUUCUCUGGGGCAGAAUGGCGAAUUGUCUGCCACCCACUUUCAGCAUGUACCCAGUUGCCAGCCCUGCUCUGGGAAGGUGCCAUUCUGAGGGCCAGGAGUUUGAUUAUGAGUCACUCUGGCUGCUAUGGCCCCCUCCCAGGGUCUGGGGAUCACACUCAGACUGGUGUCGUGGAACUCCAGCCCAAGCAAAAACUCCACUGUAACCUCCAAGAGCCACAUGAAGAAAGGAGAAUGAACACUUCAUUUUUUCCAGGCAGCCAGCUGAGCUUUUCCACAGAUUCCAGACCAAUACCUCCACCCAGACUCCAGCCCAGGAGGCAAGCUGAGACCCUCCCAUCAUCUCCCUCUUCAGUAUAACCCCUCCUUUUGCUCCUUCUGUGGGGCCACAACCCCAGACAGGAGGCCAGGAACCUGCCAGGGACUGAUGCUGUGUCUCCUUAGCAACAGGCACAUCCUAGAAGGAGGAAGAAGGAGGGCAAGAGAGCUUGAGCUGGUUAACAGUGAAGGUAAUGCCAACCUCUGCCUCAGCAGCUCUGUCCUCUUAAGGAACUGCUGUUGAACAGUGAAGUGGUCAAAGGGUAGGACAUCAGGGGAAAAUGAGAAGCAAGAAAAGAAAAAAAAUGUCCUCAGGGAAAGAAGCUAACAUUUAUGGAAUCCAACCAUAUGCCAAAAACUUUACAUACAUGUCUCCAUCAAUCCUCACACCCACCCUAAAAGAGUGGCCACAGCGGGCCACAGCCAAUUUCCCAGACCCAGGCUAUGCUAUGUUCAGCUUAGUGCUUAGAGAGAUUACUAAGAGAUCCCAGAGAGAAUAGCCAUAAAGUAAGAGACCAGAGGAGAGUGGACCAAGGCUACACAGAGCAGAGGUCACUGGAAACUAGUGACCUGGCCUGGAGAUUUGGCGUGCAACGCUCUCAGAAUCUUAGAGCAUUAAAUCCAGAGGCAACUGAGGCCCAAAGAAGCAUUGUAACUUUCCUGAGGAACACAUGAAUCUGCGUCCCUGUUGGGCCUCCUCUAGGCCAGUCUGCCUGCUGCUCCUGCAAGGAGCUCAGCCUAGUGCCACACACACACACACACACACACACACACACACACACACACAGAGUCUCCUCUAGAAAAAUCCAAGCAUUUUAGAAACAUAUGCAUAUAAACAAUUUCAGGAAUAAGGGGGACAGUGCUGGUUCUUCCCAUUUUGCUGACAUAAAAACUGAGCCAGGCCUUGUCCCCACCAAAUAAACAGAAGACCUGUUUGUGGGCCUUGGAACACGGGUGAGACUAAGCUCGAAUGAAGGGAUGGAGUGUAGGAGGCACCUGAGCAGCUGCGAAGAGGGAAGCAGGGUUAGGAGCCCCAGGGAUAAAGCUGAAGCACAGGAGAGUCUGCAUCCUCUCUCUCCAGGGAGUCCCACCCAGAGCUCCCUAACAGAAAGAAAGCAGGCUGGGGUCAGUAAUUCCCAAAAGGUAACUCUAUCUGCAUAGCCAGCUCAGAGCAGACAAAAGGAGCUUGCUCCUGAAUCACUGUUGCACCCCAAUCCACAGGCUAACUUUUUCUCCCUCUGCAGAGCUCUGGGGAAGGAGACACAUACACUCCAGUUCGCCAGCUGCUCACAGGGACUGGUAGAGGCACACAUUUAGGUCAAAUGUACACCCUGUCUGCAAUUUCAGGUCCCAGACUCGAGAUUUACAGCCCUCAAGGCAGACACAGGGAAAGAGGUAUGCCAGGGCACUGUCACGGGAAAGUCUCAAUGCCUGAGUCCACUGUGAAAGUCUCCUGUGCCAGAAUGCCACGCUUUUUCCUAGACACCUGGGGCAAAUCUCCUGUGGCCCUCCUGCAUCCCUUCCGUCUAGCCUGAAAAAUUUGUCUUUACCAGAAACUCUGGAAAAGACUGAGAUUUUAAUCCCAGACACUCCACCCCUGCACUCUGAAGUGACCCUAAGCAAGUUAUUUCCUCUCUGAGCCUCAGUUUCUUCAGCCACAAAAUGUAGGCAAUAAUAACAACCUUGAGGAGGUGGUAAGGUUCCCAGGAGAUAAAGCAUGUAAGGCACUCAGCCCAGCACCCGGACUGAUAAAAUGUAGAGAUUAUUAUAAAAUCUCUUCUCAGCCCUUCAGCCUCCUGGUUUCACUUUUAGCAGUGCCUGAUUUUACAACAAUCUAUAAGUCAUUAACUGGGUGAUAUUAGACCUAUAAGAAUCCUUGCCAACAAGACACAUCCAUCACUCAGGGUUCAUUUGGGAACUGGAUGAACACAGCAUCUUCCCUUCGAAGAGUCCAGCUCAGUGUUUAGAGCUGCACAAGGAGCACAGGGCCGAUCGGUACCCAUCCAUUCAUCUGCCUCUCCAGGGUCUGUAAGCAUCCAUCUCAAGCCCAGCAGCCUUGGGUUCAUCAGUCAUCUCCCUGUAGCCAGCCAUCUUCUCUGUGCCCAUCCACUUAUCUGUCUAUUCAUCUAUCCAUCUACCCAUCUGUCCACCCUUGGUGCUUCAUCCUCUAUAACCCCAGGCCUAGACUUCUGGACAAAGCAUUCAGUCCCAGAAGGAUUUACCUUCCCCCAGAUCAUGAUAUUUAGGAAGCCAAGCAGAGGCUGAGUGGAGUCAGGGUGUUUUCUUCCUUUUCUCCUCUCCCAAAAAGUCAGAACAGAGCCACAAGAACGCAGCCUGAGUGACAAUACUGAGAGCUGCUGCCCAGUGCAAUGACAGCCUGCAGUCACUUCUUUUACCCUUUGAGUUAUGCAGUGGCCACUUGUAGUUAAAUUGUAUCACUCAGUGACCACUGCCCAUCUGCUUCAGCCUGUACUACUACUUCUCAGUGGCACAUUGCUCCAAGCUUGUGGGUUACACAGUCUGUUCUCCCACUUUCUACCUGCCUGUGAUGGGCUGCACCAGCUGUCACCUGCCAAGGGUGAAGCCCUGUGACAGGCAUUGGGGCAGAGAGGCGGAAGUAGGAAUGAGUAAAAGACCCCUCCUCAAAGAGCUUACCAGUUAACUGGGGUGGGAGAGAAAAGAGCCCUCACCAUACCUGAGGCCUUGUAAGCAGUGCACAACAUUUCCUCUUCCCAGGCCUCGCUCAACUCGGCUCUCAGGUGGUAGCUGGUCCCCAAUCACUUUUCCAUUACAGAAAUCGAUAAUGUGAAUUAUUCCAAAAUAACGAGCACCUCCGUGCCUCUGCAAAACUAAUUUUUCUGUGUCUGCAUUUGUGCACGUGUUUCACCCUGGGUCUAGAAUCUGUCUUUAUGAAUCAAUGAAUGGCAUCUUGCAUCUGACUGUGACAUACUGUGGCAGAAUGAAGCAGGACUUAGAGUCAGAGACUUAGGUUCAAGUCUUUAUUCUGACACUUAGUAGCUGUGGGCUCUUGCCAAGCUACCCAACAAUCUGGAACAUCAGUUUCUUCAUGUAUAAAAUCAGAUUUCGAAUACUGCCACCCACCAGAGUGUUAGAAAACUAAAUGGAAUAAUAAUGUACAUCAGUGUUACUGGUGUAUAUUAGGAAAUCAGUGAACCCUUGGAUAAAUCUGUUCUAUGCAACAAUCUGAAACCUGCUAUGAAUCUGUAUCAUGAGGCCAUUGUAAAAUGAGGUCCCAGUGUCACUUCCACAUAACAAUAAUGUCUUACGUUGGAAAAACAGAUUAUCAUUUACAAACAGGCAGUCCCAUAAUGCUCUCAUUUUAUAAAUGACAGAGCUGAGACUCGGGAAAGUUAAGGAAAUUACGGAGUUCCUGGCUGGAGCAGCCCUUGGAUUCCCUUCCCUCAAGUUUCUACCUCCUCCUCCCUCCUCCCUAACCCAAAACACAUCCCCAGUGCAGCUCCAGGAUGCUGCAUGUGAACUUCUGCACCCAGCAGAUGCUGAAGUGACAGGCACUUUGAACAACCUCUUGGAAGAAGAGCUGUGAGCUCAAACCAGUCUGCCCUUGGUGCUGCCAGGAAAAUAAAACCUCCUAGAAGUCUCUUGAGAAGGGUUAUGUGGAAACUCCUAAAGGCUAGACUCUGAAAGCAAAGAGAGAAACUGACAUUACCAAGUACCUGUUUCCUGCCAGGUACAUUCACAGCUGGUUUCUCACUGAACCCUCAAAACCAGUUGUUCCUGGGCCAGGGAUGUAGCUCAGUGGCACCACACCUGCCUGCCAAGCACAAGGUCCUGAGUUCAAUCCCCAGUACCAAUAAAAAAACAGUUGGUCCUAACCUCUAAUGGGUCAGGGGUCACAUACUCAUUUGAAAAUCUGCUCAAAGCUAUGGAUUCUCUCCCCCAGAUAAAGGUACCAACUAUGCACACAAGUUCAGGGGGACCAAGGUUAAGAUCCCCUGGUGUGAACUUGGGCUGUUUUAAGAUUUUCUUGGGCACCAGGAACCUUCUUUUCUGGAGGCCCACCCUGAGCAUAUCAAACACUUUUGUUUAUAUCCAUAUCCAUAUCCACAAUGGAAAAAAAAUAUAUAUAUAUAUACACACACAUCAAAUUGAAUUCAGUUGUCUUGUUUGAUAUAAUGUGUUACAUUCGAAGACCUUUAAUAAAAAUAAUUUCAAUUUUGUGCUCUCUCUUGGAGCCAAUAAACUUUUUUGGUGAAUCUUAUUGACAUAUCACAUGUACAGGACAAUGCACAGAUCUUAAGCACACAGUGCAAUGUAGUCUCAUGAAGUGAGCACCCCCUGAAACCAGGACUCUGGCCAACAAGCAGAAUAUCAGGAGCUCCUAGGACUCCCCAGGCCCUUCCCUUUCACCACCCUGUGCCCAGGAGAAUUGCAAUCCUCAUUCUCAUAGCAUAGGUGAUUUUUGUCUCUCUGAAUUUGUUUUAUGUGGGAUCAUACAGUUUUUGCUCAUUUUGCAUCUGGCUGCUUUUGUGGAACC